AUGGUGUUUUUACCCCAGGAGAUUCUAUAUAAAGUAGAGCGCCUGCUUCAGGGAGUCAAGUUAACAGUCCAAAACAACCCCAAAUCUGCCAGAGUCAGUAAAACUAAUGGAAGUUAUCUAGGCGAAGAAAAGAGAUCUUCCUAUGAAUUAGAAAAAUUCAAAAGCAUGUUGAAGGCGUGGCCCGUCAACAAACCUAAAGCAGUCAUCUACAUCUUAGUCAAAUCUAAUCGAUUUUCAAUCACCCUCAAGGAUGGACUUGGCCGAAUAGAUAGAUAUUUCAACAAUAUGUACCACUAUCCAGUGGUGUUGUUCCACGAGACAGGCCUCAGCGAUACCAACAUGACGUCUAUUCGCUCAUGGACAAGAUCAGACGUGUUUUUUCAGUUCGUAAAAUUCUCGGUUCCUAAAUGGAUAAACGAGACAAAAAUGAGGAGCGACGUGGGUAAAGCAAACGAUAAGCGUAUUGGCUACAGACAUAUGUGUAGGUUUCAAUCUAUAAGCCUGCAGGUGACGCCCAUAAUGCGCCUGGUCGACUAUUACUGGAGGUUGGAUGAUGACUCACGUUUGAUUGGCCAGGUUCCAUUCGAUCUUUUCAAGUUCAUGGCGAAAGAGAACCUUACUUAUGGAUAUGUACACAUGAAUCAUGAGCAUCCUGAUUACGUUGUUGGUCUUUAUCCGCGCGUCAAUGCCUAUCUCACCAACAAGCAGAUUCAACCAACAUUCUUCAGAAAACUACGCAGGAAUAAAUAUUUCCUUAACAAUUUUGAAAUAUCUAGUUUGCGAUUCUGGAGAAGCAAAAACGUCUCUGACUUGCUCAAUGCCUUGGACCGGGCAGGUGGUUUUUAUUACCAUAGAUGGGGAGAUGCAGUAGUGAAGACACUAGCGGUAUCUAUUUUUGCACCUCUUGAAAGUGUGUAUCAAUUUACUGAGGUUCCUUAUGUCCAUAAGUUUGUGAACACUACCAGUAAAGGGUUCAUACGUAAUCAGAGAACUAACCUGUCACAAGAGUUAAUAAACUGA